AUGUAUUCCGAUUGGUUAUUAUUUUUAUUAAUAGUUUCUCUAAUAAAAAUUAUCUAUACAACAAAUCUACGUUGUAAUGAAGAUAUUAAUGGUACUGUUCAAAUAGUUGAAAAUUGUCGUGCAUGUAUGAUUUUUAUUGAUACAAAAAUUAAUAGAACAAUUUUAUCAAAAAAAAAAAUUAUGUAUAAUAAAUCAUCAAUAAAUGAAUUAUUUUUCUAUGAUGAAAACAAACAUUAUCGUCGUCGUUAUAAUAAUACUAUGAUUCAUCAAAAAUGCGCUCGUGAAUCUUAUGGUCCAUUAUAUGGUUAUGAUCAAACACAUUGUUAUUGUAAUAUAAAUGAAUGUAAUUUAAAUAUUCAACGAUGUAUUUAUGAAAUAGUAUCAAAACGUUAUUUUUCAUGUUAUCAUGGUUCUAAUACAAGUUUUUAUUCACUUGAAAUUUAUAAACAAUGUCGUAGUUGUCGUAUACGAAUAGAAACUAAUUUAACUUAUUAUUAUGAAUGUUUAAUAUUUGGUGAACAAGAACAAACAAAUUAUACACAUUGUACAUGUCAACAUCCAAUGUGUAAUCAAGAUUUUGGAAUAUGUCAACGUUUUCAACCGAUAUCAAGUCAACCACAAAUAAAUUUAAUUCAUACAAGCGUACUUAAUUCAACUAAGAGUACUUCUACUAGUACAAUAAUGACAAUAACAGCAACAAUAACACCAUUGAUCAUUAAUUCGAUGAAAAUUUUAACGAUCUUAUCAAGUACCAAUCAAACUGAAGUAGAAAUUUUAAUUGAAAAUUCAACAUUAAUUGAAUUAACUUCAAUAUCAUAUAAUGAAACACAAGAAAUUGAAACAAAUAUCGCUGAGAUAAAAAAUCAUGCAGAUUAUUUAGCAUCAAAUUUUUAUUAUAAUCAACCAUUUUGUUUUCUUUUUUAUUUUUUUUUAUAUGUGAUUAUUAAUUUUGUCUUUUAG